GGAGAACCAAGGCCAGGAGGCAGAAGGAGGUGGCAGACCCGGCCCGGCGGCGGCCCAGCACGCGCAGGCCACCCAGAGUGGAGGUGGGAAACGGCAUUACGCCCCUUUCCCUUUUCCUGGUCCCGCGGUGCUACCUCGUGUGCCACCCUUAAAGCGUAGUCCCCACCGAGACCGCCCCGCCUGAGUGGCGAGGGGACGAACUGCGCCCUGAACAGGCCUGGAAGCCCAGCCUGGGGCGGACCGCCCUCAGUCUCCUAGACCGGGCGCGCUGAGCGCAGGGCGGCGCUGUCCUCACCCGCGCGUAAGUCGCCGCAGGGCGUUUCCGGGCGGAGGAAACCUACACGUGAUGGGCGCCCACCGAGUGCCAGCACCGCCUCCUCCAGCUCCGCCAAGUAGGUGGGAUCCACUACUUUGCAGAGGAGGAAGCUGUUCAGGCCUCCCUCUGUGCACUUUGCAAAAGCCUCUGCCCUUCCAUCUCGAAUCCCUUGGCGCCGAUCACACUUCCUCUGCCUGGAAAUCUGGAGCCGUCUCUCGCGAGACGUCCUCCGCCCUGUAGAAGGCCGUUUCGGUUCUUUGUGCGCGGUAGCCGCCCCACUUGCGGGAUUCCAAGGCCUCAUCGGGUGCGGGUAUCUGGCUGUGGAUUCGCCGCCGUCCCGCUGGACGCCUGGAGGCUCGAACCCCGCCGCCCGCGACCCCAGGCUUUACUCCCACCCUGGCUUCCGCCCACUGUGCUGCCCUUCCUCGGACCUGGGCUGUCGGGAGAGCUGGAGAUGUUCACCCUUCCUCAGAAGGACUUCAGGGCUCGCACCACCUGUCUGGGCCCCGCCUGCAUGCAGGACCUGGGCAGUAGCCAUGGGGAAGAUCUGGAAGGAGAGUGCUCCAGAAAACUGGACCAGAAGCUACCAGAGCUCCGUGGAGUGGGUGAUCCUGCCAUGAUCUCCUCUGAUACCUCCUACCUGUCCUCUAGAGGAAGAAUGAUUAAAUGGUUCUGGGAUUCAGCUGAGGAGGGCUACAGGACCUACCACAUGGAUGAGUAUGAUGAGGACAAGAACCCCAGUGGCAUCAUUAACUUGGGCACCAGUGAGAACAAACUCUGCUUUGACCUGCUGUCCUGGCGGCUGAGUCAGAGCGACAUGCAGAGGGUGGAGCCAUCCCUGCUGCAGUAUGCUGACUGGAGGGGACAUCUGUUCCUCCGGGAGGAAGUGGCCAAGUUCCUGUCUUUCUACUGCAAGAGCCCAGUACCCCUCAGACCAGAGAAUGUGGUUGUCCUGAAUGGUGGUGCCUCGCUCUUCUCUGCUCUGGCCACGGUGCUGUGUGAGGCCGGGGAGGCUUUCCUGAUCCCCACCCCUUACUAUGGCGCUAUCACACAGCACGUGUGUCUCUAUGGCAACAUCCGGCUGGCCUAUGUCUACCUGGACAGUGAGGUCACUGGGCUAGACACACGCCCCUUCCAGCUCACAGUGGAGAAGCUGGAGAUGGCCCUGAGAGAAGCUCACUCUGAGGGUGUGAAGGUCAAAGGCCUCAUCCUCAUCAGCCCCCAGAACCCUCUGGGUGAUGUAUACUCCCCUGAAGAGCUACAGGAGUACCUGGUAUUUGCCAAGAGGCACAGGCUGCAUGUGAUUGUGGAUGAGGUCUACAUGCUGUCCGUGUUUGAGAAGUCUGUUGGGUACCGCAGUGUCCUAAGCCUGGAAAGGCUGCCUGACCCCCAGAGGACCCAUGUGAUGUGGGCAACCAGCAAGGACUUCGGGAUGUCUGGGCUCCGCUUUGACUGGAUCAACCAGGUGUACCUGCCGGAAAACCAUGCCCGGCUCAAGGCUGCCCACACCUAUGUCUCAGAAGAGCUCAGGGCGUUGGGGAUCCCCUUCUUGAGUCGUGGGGCUGGCUUCUUCAUCUGGGUUGACUUGAGAAAGUACCUGCCCAAGGGCACCUUUGAGGAGGAAAUGCUGCUUUGGCGCUGCUUUUUGGACAACAAGGUGCUGCUGUCCUUUGGCAAGGCCUUCGAGUGUAAAGAGCCUGGUUGGUUUCGCUUUGUCUUCUCAGACCAGGCCCACCGGCUUUGCCUGGGGAUGCAGAGGGUCCGGCAGGUGCUUGCAGGCAAAUCCCAAGUGGCAGAAGACCCCCGUCCCUCUCAGAGCCAGGAGCCAAGUGACCAACGCAGGUGAGCUGGUCAUUGUCUCGUGGCCAGAGGGCCCAGCAGCCACUGUGGACCUGGGGCAUUCCGGGGCUGCAGAAGACUGACUGUGGAUGUGCCAUUUGCCAGGAAGGUAUCUAACUUGGCUUUGUGCCUGAAGAACUGUUUCUUGUCUUUCGCUGUAGCAGUGGGAAACUCCUUAAGCUGUGGUUCAGCCUGGGCCCUCCCUCUCUCCUAUUAAACAAAACUAGGAGAGUCCAUAUGUCUCCAUUGUGAGUUAUUUAGAAUGGAGGAGUCAUGACUGCUUCUAACCAGAGCCUCAGCCCCCCUGAGGAUGUGAAAAGAAAACAAACAACUUGUACCUUCUUUCUGAUAUCACCAUCAUUCCUCUUUCUUUGUCACCAAGGAAACGAGUUAAAGGAACAGCACAUACAGGAGAGUUUGUAGAAAAAUAAAAAAAGUGAUAACUUCCAAA